AUGAAGGACUCCAAGGAAGUCAUCCAGGAUUUCAACAAGCUUGUCAACAUGUCAGCAUCGGAGCUAGAGACAUGGCUCAAGUCCAAAGACUCUGGUGAAGCUGGCUGGCCCAAGGAAGACGAUGAUGGGGAGACAGUUGGCCAUGAAAGCGGUCGAAAGAUUACAGAAAUCUUGAAAUCCAAUCCGUCAAAAGAUGCUGAAAAGUAUACUGAUGAUCAGAUUAGUCACAUGAGAAAAGUGGUGGCUUACUGCAAGCGCCACUUGGCUCAGGAGGAGGAGUCUUUAAAGAACAAGUCGGAAAGCGAGGCCAAGAAGACGAAAUCGUACAUUUCGCUCAAGAAUUGGGGGCACGAUCCACUCAAGAAGAGCGACGAUAAAAACACGAACAAGGAUGUCAAUGGCAAGUCCAGCAACGGCAAAAAGGAAAACGAGGAGGUCAAUGGCAAGUCCAGCAACGGCAACAAGGAAAAUGGUGCCAAGUCCAGCAAGAAGAACGAGACGCAGAACAAGAAAUCUAGCAACAAUGGCAAGGAAGAGGAUGAUGAACAGUCGGAGAAUGAAGCCGGCGAUAAGCGCAAGAGGCAAGACAAGGACGGUGCUCCAGAGCCCAAGAAGCAUCGAACUCGAUCAGGUUCCAAGGAUGAGAAAGCAACCUCCAACAAGGAGGCUGGCAACGAAUCAGAAAACGAUGAUGAAGAUGAAGGGAAGAGUAAUUCGAAAUCAGGCAAGGGACCGAAGCCAGGUGAAACUGUUAGCUGGAACUGGGGCAACGGGCAGCCAAAGGGCAAGGUGCUUGAUGUUAAAGAAGACAAGGCCACUAUUACUACGAAACGAGGUAACAAAGUCUCCCGCGAUGGUGACGAGGACGACCCAGCUGUAAUUCUGGAUACUGGGAAGAGCAAGGCGAUCAAGGCCAAUCAUGAGCUCAAUUAG